AUGCCAAAUCCACUCAAUCCACACGACAGAGCAGUCAACAAGGUCCUCAGGACUAUUAACGAGUGCAAUAAUCUCUAUCUUAAUCCCUGCAACUCUGCAUAUCGAUCAGGCGAGUUCUUGCCCCGACUUUGGUGCAUUCUCAACGAGCCCGGCUUGACACACGUUAUAUCAUGGGCUGACGACGGAAUGUCAUUUCUUCUCUCGAAUAAACACGCUUUCGAGAAACACGUCCUUCCGCAUAUCUACAAGGCUACUAAAGUGGCCAGCUUCUACAGACAGCUCAGGCUGUAUGGUUUCAAGCGGCUGGGCUCGCUGCAGGAUGAGGCCACCACCUUUGAGCAUCGAGCAUUCACACGCUACACCACAGUCAGUAACCUCUACAAUGUCGAGCGUCUUGACUUUUUGUCUCGCAACAAAAAACAAGGCGAAUUAGACAGCAACCACCCAGGUAAGUCGAGUGAUAUGGAAAACAAAGCAGAAGCAAUCACAAACACAAACACAUUUGCACCUCCCCACCUCUCUUACAUUUCUGCCACUGACGCUACGAUAUUCAUGAGCAGAGUGAAUAUUAGGGGCUAUGCCGUACCAUGCCAACCAUUGAUACUAUCUACACCAAUCUCAACCUUACAAACAAUGGUACAUGCUCCAAUUCCCAGAGGCGUUUCAGCUCAAAUGCCCAUUCUCAGAGAUGACUACGAACCAGAGCAAGACAGUCACUCCAAUUCAAUCUAA